AUGGCUUCUUCGGUUGGCUACUCUGAUUCUGAAAGUUCUGUUGCCAAUCCAACAGUAACUACUGAUCGUCCAACGCCUUACAUACUUUUCGAACAAGGUAUGCUAGAUGAACUGAUGACACCGAUUCGCUCGUCAAUUCGGACAAAAUAUGUCUGUAUGGCUGUUUCACGAUGUUAUAUCAUCAUGGGAUCCAACAAUGCAGCACUCUACUGCUUUGGAAGAGCCAAUGUACGAUUCCGACAACUGCUGACGCAUAAAGACAUGAAAGGAUGUGCAUCUGUUGUCAAGAUAUCAGUUAAUGAAGCCUAUGCAGCCGUAGGCACCCGAGAUGGCCUGAUAUACAUUUGGCAGCUCAAUUUGAACACCAAAUUAAAACCAAAGCUAUUAUGCAUAGAAAAAGAACAUCAAGGAGCAACUAUUACAGCAUUAUGCUGGGAUCAACAAAGUACACGUGUAUUUACUGGGGAUGAUAAGGGCAAGGUGUCGAUUACUAAAUUUCCUGUUGGAAAGGCAUCAAGAUUAUUAUCAUUAAGUUCCUCCGUGGCUAUCAUGCGCAACGAAAAUUAUAUAGUCCAGCUAGAUUUCCAUUCAAAUAAACUAUUGGUAUCCACAAUAACUCAGUGCUAUAUCUGUAACCUUCUUAGUGAACAAGCUGCCCAAGUAGGCAAAAAACCGCGGAACGGAAUGUACGGAGGCUGUUUCUGUCAUGGUACUAAUGACCGAUCGCAAAAUGCUACUCCAUUUAUUUAUUGUGCCCGGCCUGGCUCGAGAUUAUGGAAGGUCGAUUUUGAAGGAACGGUCUUAUCAACACAGCAAUAUAAGAACUUAUUAGCUGUACCACCAUUACCUAUCGUAGGCAUCAAAAAUCGUUUCAUUAUCACUUGGGCUGCUUCUAUGCUAUACGUCUUUGAUCCACAAUCUGUCAAAGUUAUAGGAUGGUAUAACGCUUAUGAAGGUAUUAUCGACGUAAUUACUCUCGGCCGUGAAACCUAUGUCUUAUUAUCGGACUCUAGCGAGCAGUUAAGCGUGGUUAAGCUUACCAUGAUAUCAGCAGAAGAUAGCAUAAGUAAACUUAUUGAUAACUGUCUUUGGCAGCAGGCUGCUUGGAUUGCUUGCAAGUACAACGAUAGGAUAAUGUUAGAAUUCACUAGAGCUGUUUUGCCUGCCUCCAAGUUAGAAAACUUGAAGGAUAUGGUUAAGGAUAUAGAUCCCUUAAUAUGUGAACAGCUUGAAGAUUUAUGUAAACUUGCACAGUCACAGAGCGAAAGGCGAAUAUUAGGCAGUUAUACAUCAUAUUACUCCGAGAGUGAACAAGAAGGCCUAUAUCCAUCUCGUUAUUUGGGCUUUAAACAGGAAGAUACCGUAUCAAACGAUGAAUCGGAUAGUAGCGCAGCUCUACCAUCGGAAGAAGAAAGUUUCAUGUCAGAUUCAAAAUCAAUUAUAAGCGACUUAUCAUCACGAGCCGAUGGGGAGUUUGAUUUUGAAAAUCGAGUAACUGGAGAAUUUAAAAAUGCGCUAGUGAGCAAUAAAAUGAAAGCUAUCGGUAACAAGAAUUAUACUCAUCAGGAACUCUUUGUUAGCUCUGCUACGGCUGCUGAGAUACCACCUGCUUUAAAUGAUAGUGAUAAUGCAUCAGUUACUACCCCAAAGCAAGUUAUUACUACUGCAGAUAAUGAUCAAUCUAUUAGCGACACUGGGGUUACAGAAAACUCCGUAACAGAUGUUGAUGGUGAAGUCAAAAGUUCUCCUAAUGCGGUGAAGGACACAGCACCUACUGCGUUCAGUUCGGCAAUUUUGGACAAGUCACCCAGUACCGUGUUUGACAAUCCAUCUGCUACCCCGGCGAUUCUACAAACAACUGAAGAUACACAUAGUGAUAAGAAUGAUAAUCCAUCCUGUAAUACUACUGAAAAUGUAUUAGUUCUGGUAAAGGACACUCCUGGAGAAUUUAGCAAUCGAACAAACAUUCAGUCUUUAAAUGCCGAUGAUCAAUCUGAUGUAAUUGUAGUCGAGAGGGUAAAACGAAAAGGAAGAUCUACUCGCGUGACAAUUGCUUCACCGAAGAAACUUACUCCUGUAAAACAAAAACGUCCUGGCAAAAAAUCAAGGAAUAAAGUAGUAGAUGAUAAUGGUAACAUCGAAGAAAAUUUAAAGGAAGACCUUGCUCAGAUUAAUCUAGCCGCUGAUAACAGCAGUACUACUAUAAGAAAGAUUAAGGAAACCGACAGCAACAAGGCUGAUAGUAACCCUGAGAUUAUCGAUGAAAAUCUAAAUGGUAACGCCGAAUUGAAAGAGAGUAAUAGAGAAACUAACGGAUAUGAUAAAAGCGAACCUACAGUAAAGUUUUCCAAUUCUUCUCCCGAAAACCAAAGUAUUACCCCUGCUAAUGAUGUCCCCAGAGACGUUCAGCUCAAAAGAGAAGAUAAAGAAAACGUAGACUGUACCGAUAAUGCUUUAUCCCUCUUAUCAGAAAUCUACCAUCCGAGCUCAAAAUACCCUGCCGAGAUUGCAAAAUUUCAUAGUCAUACUAUACAAUUAAGGAAAAAAUUAAAAAAUCGUAAUUUGCUAUACAAUUUUGAGGAAAGUUAUUGCCAUAUUAGCGAAUGGCUUACACAAUUAGAUGAAAUCUACGAAAUUUAUGGGGAAUCGUGCACAGACUACCGUCCUAAUAUGAAUGAGUGCACAGUAUCUACUAGAAUGCCACUGGAUCCAACCAUUUUUGAUUUGAAAGCAAUUGAAGACAUCAGAUAUCUAACUACUCUCGCAUUUGACACUUGUGUUUACCAUCAGCCCUUAGGUAGUCCUGUUAGUGAUCAAGGUAUCGACAAGAAAUCGCUAUUUCAGUAUGUGUCAUCGCCUAAUGGUGACUGGAAUAAUGAUAGUAUCCAGGAUUUUCAAGCUGCAGUGUUUUUAUGUCGGUACUUUUAUCUCUUGGACUUGAAGCACGUACGGGGCUCAUUAGCUUUACGAUUUAAUCACAAAACCAUUACAUAUCAGGCGCUUAUCAAUUGUUUGUGUAAAGGUAUAACAGUAAGACAAGAACUUUCGAAACAAUUAAGGAACGCAGAUGGAGAGGAAUUAAACCUACUAUAUUUGAUUUACAGAAAAAUUAAAGAAGAUCCGAUGAUAAUAUCUGAACUAUUAUCUAGUGUACGAUCAAAUAUUGAUCUUUGGGAAAUUGCUCAGUUAUUUAUGAUGAGAAUCUAUGAAGUAGAAUUUUAUUCAUUUCAAGAGAAAGAAGAGCAGAUAUCGACUGUUUACAAAGCAUUUUCUCGCUACUGGACGAAUAUACCAUUAAACUUAAAGUUGAGAAAGAAGGCACUUCGACGCUUUUGCAACGAUCACGACAGCGUGGUAUUCUUUUUCGAGGCGAUGCUAUACGUGGAUGCAAAAAAUAGUUCAGAAAUUGCUUUGAAAUGUCUGUGUAGUCAUCCAAGGAGUGGAGCUCAUCUUUACAGCUGGGGAGGACAAGAGUUCAUCGAUGAAAUGUUAGAUUUAUGUUUAAAUGUAAUUAAGUCAUCCCACACCAAACGAAGUUUACUUAAGGUCUGCAGAACUAGUGGAUACUGGAUUGGAUAUAUUCGUUUAUGCUUACAUUUAGAAAUGUUAGAUGAAGCGGUAGCGUGUGCUACACAAUUAGGAGAUGCCAAUUUGAUCUAUAAUAAAAUGGAUAAGGCACUAUUCAAGGAAGAUUUUUUAGUUGAUAACUUAGAAAGUUGGUCACUAUUCCUAAGAAAGUUGAUCUUGUAUCGAAAGCUCCACUUGCGAAAUGAAGAUGGGAAAGAAAUCAAAUCAGUCACAUUGCACUGUUUAAGCUGCAAUAAGCAGCUGCCAGAGAAUAUCACUUUGGAUAAUGGUAUUUUUUGGUCUGUUAGUAUAACCUGGGAAGAUGCCAUUUUACGGUUGUUAAAUGUGCAAGGUUCACGUACUGCAUUACAAAUCCUUUCCGAACUGAAACUUGAAGGCAAUUACUUGCCUUCUACAUUUUUCGCUAAAAUAAUGGAUAUAGCCGUACUUGAAAAACAAGAGGAAUCUGCAGUUUACGAAAUCCUUGAACAUGUAGAUGCAUUUUAUUGGCUCCAACAAAGUGAAUCUUUACCGCACCAUAUACUCGCUAUAAAUGAGGUAGAGAAAGCUAGCAAUCUUUCUAAGCAAGAUUUAGAAGAUCCGAAUUUAAUGGUUUGUAUCGUGCAACUAUGUUACUAUACUUCGAUCACUAUUGCAAUGUUAAAUGCUUACUACGAGGAAGCGGCAAAAAUGUUUCGGUCACCUGAAAAUAUGGCUUGUCAGUGGGGAACAACCGUAGAUAUACAAAGUCCCUGUCCUAUAUGCCAGGUUCCGUUAACUGAGGAUGUUUCUACACAUAUAGAAGGACUAGCUGCCUUUGACUGUGGUAUAAUUAUGCAACAUUUCACUUACCUUAUUUGA